UAAUGUGCACCUGAAAUUACACAAUGUUAUAAACCAGUAUGACCUCAAUGAAAUCAGAAGAAGUUAGCCCUUAGGAAGAUGAUGACUACAAUAAGGACAGCUACCUCUGCUGCAAGGCCUAUGACCCAGCGUCAAUAAUCCUUCCUCCUUCACCCCAUCCCAUUUCCCAGAGACGGCCACUUUCAACUCUUGGUUAUUUCUCUUCUUAUUUAUCUCUUAAAAAAAUCACACUUAUACUGCCAUUUCCUGAUUUUCCCCCUCCCAAUAUUAGGCAUUCUUUAUUGAUUUCCUACUGUAGAUGAUUAGCUUUUAAUUGACACCCCUUUCCCGCACAUCUUCUCUUUCUUCUAAUAUAAUUCUAUCAAGUUUUGGUUAGAGUGACCUUUAGUGUUUACAUUAUUAUGGUCGUAGAAACAUUGUUGACACCUGAGUUGCACGACAACGUAUGAGAGUGCUGGGUGUUAUCUAACAUUUUAACUGCUAAUCUGAGUUGGAAAAAAUGAAUGGGGUAUUGUUGUUUUGGCUUUAAUUAUGAGUGAAGUUAAAAGUGGUGGUGUGGUUGAUGUCAGUUUAGCUUUAUUUUGUGACCUGCUCAUUCUUCUCCUCCAACGUUCAGUUUUACCUCACUGGUUUGUACAACCAUUCUGGAAUCUUAUAAAGAAUUGGUAGACCUAAACUUCUAGAAGAAAUAUUGGGUUUUUAGAUAGACUGAGAGUUUGGAGUAGAAAUGGAUGGUGCUCUGUAGGUCUGUGUCAGCUUUUGAUACUAGCUGCCCUUUGUGUCCUUAUCCUUAGGCUGAUGUCAUCUAUGGAUAGAAAGCCUUUGGUAUGUCACAGGAAAGCACAAAGAUGGGACUGCUUAGUUGCACGUGGAACAAAAUGAGCCCAAUGUGGGAAAAGGCAAUUAAUAUGAUUGUGAAAAGUGAACAAGAAUGAUAGCAGGGAAGAGCAGAGAUUUCUUAAAAGUGCGUUCAAUAGAAGGACUGGGCAGAUUCUCAUAGUUGGAAUGUCAGUAUUGAUUUCCUUUUGCUUUGUACGGUUUACCCAGAGUCGGGUGAGGGGCAGAGGAUAAGGAACAAGGGGGACUUGUGAUUUUGUGCAUCUUGAGUGUUUACCAAUGAGCCAGGUGGAGGAGGUCAGGUGGUGUACUGCAUCUGCUCUGAGAACGCCAACUGGAGGCAAGACAUCGUCUUUGUGUAGUACAUGGCAAAAUUGCGGGUUCUGGAUUUGGGAUGGGAUGGGGGAAACGCAGAAGCAAAGCAGAAUUUCUCUCUGGGGCUGCAGUUAAUGAAGUAGUCCUGAAGUGACCCCGGUCUGGGACUUUCUGGCCUGUGAGAUUUAGAGGGCAAGGGGGCAGGGCAGGGUGGUAGGAGUGGGAAGGAGCAGAAGUAAGAUGAAGAAGCCCAUGCUUGGGUACCAGUUAUAGUUCUAUAGAAGAUGAUAAGAUCCAGCAUAGAUGGAGAAACACGAGGUUAAUUUCUGCUCCUUUUCCCAUCUUUGGCUCUAAACUUUUGGUGUUGGGAGGUAGCCACCAGUGUUGGAAAGUGAUUGUGGUGAGGGAAUCUGGAAUAUCUGUAAAAACUGGAAAAGCUCGUUUUAGACAGGAAAACAUGUCUCUUGGAAUGAGUAGCAGAGGGUUUUCUUGUCCAAUAUCAUUUUUCUUCCCUUUCUGUUCUUGGUAUGGUGCCUAACUCCACAUUUUUCACCUAGGCUUUCCCAGGUUUUGCUGAGGAGCUACUCCUUGAAAGUCAUAAGCCUCUGUACUAGGUCAUCUGUGUAAAGUAGGCAUAAUUAAUAACACGCAUUACUCAGAAAGAUUGACUCUAUUGACAGGUGAGGGCUUUGACCAGGAUGACCCAGAAAUGAUGUGGAAUAGGGAAAAGAACCUGAGAUCGUUAUGUGCCCCAGAAAGUUCUCUUCCUUAGGUACAAAUUGAGGGGAACUGGAUUCGAUAGCCCUUAAAGUUCCUUCCAGGUCACAUAGUCUGAGUCUUCGCAAAGGCAAACACAAGAUUCUGUUCCCUCUGUUACCUGUGUCUCAGACUUUGGAGCUGACCCUGCGCACCUGGGUAUCUCUGAGAUCAUGUCAUCCCCCUCGCCCCCAGGGGGGAGCAGGAGAGUGUGUAAAAGGUGACAUUGUGAUGAUGGCUUUUCUCUAUGGGUUAUCCUUUUGUCUCCUGGCUUCACCCACAAGUACACAGAUUCUCAUGCUCUUUCCUUUGUCUUAGUUUCUUUUUGAACGUUUUCAUUUUGUGCCCCUGUUCUUUUUCUGGGAUCUGGGUGUGGUUCUCAGGAGUGAGCCCAGAGCCCCGGCUGGAUCCCUGGUACAGCCUAGCCUAGAUGGGACUUUGUGAAAAGUCCUCAUACAGAGGGAUGAGAAUCAAGGUCAAGCUGGUAAAGCGGUUGCUGUUGCUUUGAAUCAAAUGUCUCUCAAAUAUCAAGGAAAGGCUGUUGUUCCCAAGGCUGUCCCCCUCCCAGUACCCUGGCUCUGGUUUCUUUUCUUCCAGUUGCCCCUUUCAUUUUGGGUUACGGUCACGUGACCAUCAGGGUCCCAGUCCUGUCUCUGUGAGCUCCAUCUUCCAGCAGAGUGUGGCAGCAUCACGUGGAUCAUGGAGAACAGACUAAAGCUGUGGACCACUGUCAGGCUUCCGGGCUGGCACGAGGAGGCACAAGAAAGAGCAGAACCGCCUGACGAUGUCUCUCCUGGAUCCAAUCAGAGAUGGGGAAAAUAGGAAAAUUCAGGUGCUAGGGAGCAACUCAGUGUAGAGCAGACCAGCUCAGUGACUUUAAUGCCCACCCCUAUUUGCAAAGUAAAAAGAGAAAGAUAUUCUCCUAUUGCAUUUCCAACCCUUAACUUGUCAGGUAUAAUUAUGAGAAUUUUUGUUCUUCAUGAAAAAUAAACAAAACAUGCCAAAUAUUUAUAUUUUUGAAAGCAGGCCAAGUAUUAUGUCUACCUACUAAAUCCAGUGGGUUCUCUGCCCCACCUCCCUGCCCCCUGCCAGGUGUUGGCAGAAAGAGUCUUCAUCCAAAAAGAUAUUUCAGUCAUCAGAGAGAAGUUCUUUUGCUUAACCUCUCUGUCCUCCCCACCCCCGAAUGUCAUUCCUGAAUCUGUAUGUAUUUCUUAGAGUGUUUCUUUUCUUCUCCAUUCCCUCCUCCCCUUGGUGCUUAUUACCUGUGGAAAUAAUAGAAAGUAUUUAUUUUGGGCCCCUCCUAUUACCAGGUUUAGAUACCAGUGAUUUCCUGGAACUUUUUCGUUUCCUUCUCCACGCCUUUAUUGUGUCUCCCUUCUUGAGUGUUUCACAACUGGGGACCACUGAGUUAUCUACUUGGGAGCUCUUGACUCACAUAGCAUAAGGCUCUGGAGAAAUAGUCAGGGCUUUUGGAAUGUCCAUUUAUGGGAGCGGUUGUAUUUAGUUACUUGAAUGUAAAGAUCUCAUCUUUCAGAGUUUCUCCCUGAGCGGUUUUAGAUGCUGGGGUGCUGAACUUUCACUAGCCUUCUCAGCUGGAGCUGUGCAGUCAGAAUUCCACACUCUUCUGGGAAGCGUGAAAGUUAAGGCCACAUUCGUUACCACCCUUUGUUUUGGGGUUCUGGCUGUGAGGCAGGACACCCAUGGAGAGCUCCUGAGGGAGAGAUAAGAAGCAGGAAAAUAGCGGGUUCAGGAAUGUCUUCCCCCCCCAGGCACCGUGAAGCAUGGUGGCAAGCUUGAGAAUGCCUGCAGCAUCCUACACAGAAGACAGGGCUUCACCGCUGAUACCACCCCUGCUGCAGGGAGAGAGGGAGAGCAAAUGGCAUCUGGGCCUACGAUAUCAGUUCACCUCAUUCAGGUGAUUCCCACCCAUCCCACGGAAACGAAGCUUGGUUUCUCUGGUUUCCCUCCAGGACCUCAUCACUCAAAUGAUGCCGAGAACUGACAGAUAGUCUAAGGCCCCGUUGCCAGGGUGGCCAGUGCAGCAAUGUGUGUACCAGUCUACCAGCGGACCAGUGUAAUGUGUCGCCGGGUGCCAGUGGCCUUUCCAGUGAACUGUAUCUUGCCCCCAGGCCCCAACGCUAUCUCUUAGACUGUACAUUGCUAACUCAGCCUUCUUGUUUUUAGAAAAUAUAUCUUUUGAAUCUCUUCAGAUUUGAAAAAAAAUCUGUACUUUCCUAUGUUUCUGUCCUGGUUUUUGUUCAGCUCUUCACUCAGAAGCAGCUGCCUCCCCUCCCCGCUUAGCUCUUCUCCAUAUCUUUUCUAGUCUGUAAAAAAUAGCUUACUUUCCCUACCCCAGUCCUCACUCUUUCUCUUAUACUCCUGUCUUUCCUACACUUAGUGAACCCUACUUUAGAAGAACAUAAUUGAGAAGAUUUUAACUGGGUUUGGAAAGUUAAAUAAGGUCCCUUCUGAAGGUGUAAUUAAUAAUUUGCUAGGUAUUUUGUAUGCAGGGACACUGAAAAGAGAAGGGACAGAAUCUAUAAUAAGGUAUGUCCCUGGGGAACAUGACGAUGGCCUCUUUUUCGCCUUGAACAGUAAGUAGUGCAGUGUUUGCCAGCUUGUGCUUUUUCCUCCCUGUUUUGAACUGUCCUACCUUGGAGGGAUGGACACUUGUAAAUGAAAAGGAUGUUGUUUAUCUCUGACAGGACAUAGGUUGUAAUUCGCAGGGUCCAGGAGUCUCUCUUCUGGACUUCUUUCCAGAAGUAGUAGGUCUGAGUAUAUGAAGGUUAGUUGCAAUGAGUCAAGCUUUCUGAAUUCCUUCUGUAAAUGCCUAUUCCUAGUCCCUGUCUGAAUCUCCAUUUAUUUUGCAGCAAAGAUGUCCCCAAAUUAGGCGCUUAUAUAUAUAGCAACAGAUCCUACCUACUUCCUUGCAUCUUGUUUCAGAACAGCUCACAGUUUAACACAUUUCAGCAGGCACAGAAUCCAGCGUGGUAGGAAGUACAACUGCUUUUACGUGUAUAUUCGGUCACUUCCCAGUUUUUGCAUUUUCUAUCACAAGCUGCUUCUGUCCUGUCUAACUGGGACCCACAUAACCUGUGUCAGCUGAAUUGUGCAUCCCAGGGUUUCCGUUGAUGUCUGGACGCAUGCAGGACAGUAGAAUGUGUACUGUUUGAACCUUGCUUUGGGUGAUGCUGAAGGUCUCAGUGUCUGAGCUGCGGUGUGUGGAAGCAGGGGCCGCCUGUGAUGUUGAAAAUGGAGGUUCCAGGACAGCAGUCUUCCGUCUGUGCUAAGAUUGUGCAGCUCCUGGGACAGAAUGAGGUGGACUAUCGCCAGAAGCAGGUGGUCAUCCUGAGCCAGGAUAGCUUCUACCGUGUCCUCACUUCAGAGCAGAAGGCCAAAGCCCUGAAGGGCCAGUUCAAUUUUGAUCACCCGGUUUGCUUUCCUUCAGAUGCCUUUGACAAUGAACUCAUCUUCAAAACACUGAAAGAAAUCACUGAAGGGAAAACAGUCCAGAUUCCCGUGUAUGACUUUGUCUCCCAUUCCCGGAAGGAGGAGACGGUCACCGUCUACCCCGCGGACGUGGUGCUCUUCGAAGGGAUCCUGGCCUUCUACUCCCAGGAGGUGCGGGACCUGUUCCAGAUGAAGCUUUUCGUGGACACAGAUGCGGACACCCGGCUCUCCCGCAGAGUAUUAAGGGACAUCAGCGAAAGAGGAAGGGACCUUGAGCAGAUUUUGUCUCAGUACAUUACGUUCGUCAAGCCUGCCUUUGAGGAAUUCUGCUUGCCAACAAAGAAAUACGCUGAUGUGAUAAUUCCUAGAGGUGCAGAUAAUCUAGUGGCCAUCAACCUCAUCGUGCAGCACAUCCAGGACAUCCUGAAUGGAGGGAUCUCCAAACGGCAGACCAAUGGCUAUCUCAACGGCUAUACCCCUUCACGCAAGAGGCAGGCCUCAGAGUCCAGCAGCCGGCCACAUUGACCCCCGUCUCCUUCAGACCCUGGCCCCUAUCUUCAAGAGACAGGAGGAGGGGUUAGAAGGCACUGUUCGUCUGUACAUAUGGUUUCCUAUGACAUUGCUGUAUUUAAGAAAACACCAUGGAGAUGAAAUGCCUUUGAUUUUUUUUUUUUUUUUUUUUGUACUUUGGAGCGGCAAAAUGAAACAGAACUUGACCCUGAGCUUAAAUGACAAACUGUGCCAACUACUACUGGUGAUGCCUAAUUAUGAAUCCAACGUGUAACCAGUUAUAAAUACAUAUAUAUAUAAAAGGAUCUAUUUUUGUGUAAAUGUACAAAUACUGUAAAGCUGUUUGCCAUAAGUAUUUUGCAGGAGGACCUGUACUGGAGUGUUUUGGGACUGGAGCUGGCGUCUCACUGAGGGGAAACUGCCUAUUGUGUUGCAGGUGGGGCAGGCUCAGGCAUCUGUGUGGGAGAUGGGGGGCGAGGACCGAGGCUCAUGUCUCACUGCUCCGAGUGCCUGUGGGGCUCAGUGGGAGUGGAGUUGGGAACCUUUGAUUGCCUUCCCUGCCAGAUGCCACCUUCUUGGAGUGGAGCUCAAUGACAGUCGAUGAGAAAUACUCUUUUCUUUUUUUCUGAGUUGAAAUUGGGUGAGACCUCCACUCAAAAAUCAAACUCAGGGAAGAGGCCCACUGAGAACAAGUCUUCUGCAUUUUCUUCUUGCCCUGUGCCCCACCUCUGGCUGCGUGGGGAGCUCCACACCUCCUUCCUUACUCUCCCACUUCUCAGUCUCUCCAAGAGCCAGAGCUGCCUCUCUCUUCUUACCUGAUACAGGUUGGAUGGGGUCGCUUCCUGAGAGAAUGGAGAAGGAGGGAGGAGAACCGUGCCUGUUGAGUGGUCCUCCUGCCUCCCAGGGAAGUCUCUGAUCACAUUCCUUGGCCUCUUCCCUGGACUGUGGAGUGCACAGUUGGCCCCUUGCAGCCUGGGCUUGGGUUGAGGACUUCUGCUGGCAGAAGGACACCUGGCUGCCCCUCACAGGGUGGCAGGAGAGCUCUGCCCAUGUAGGGAGUAGUCGCUUUUGUUUACCAAGAUGUGGGGAUUUGCAGUGAGAUAGCAUGCACCUUUCAGCAGUGAUUGUCACCAGCAGCGUCACAGCCCAGCUGAUUUGGGCAUGUAGAGCAGGGAAGAGGAAAUAGAGUAUUUAAGUCAUAGGUUGGAGUCUUAGGUUGAAAACACUUGGGGUGAUGAAUUCCAGCUUUCCUGGGGGCUCCCUCUUGGUGGAAAUUUCCUUCUUUGCAAAAAGUACAGAUUCCUCAAGAUUCUUGGUGGAGGGGUGGAGGAAGCGGGGGGGUGGGGGCAUCAAGUGAGAUGGAGGAAGUAUGAUUAUAAGUCUUAAAGCCUGAGCUUUUAACUGCAGAAGAGCCAGAGCCUUGUCAUUUCAGUGUUGACCAUUUCAGUGCCUGGUAGGCCACGCCCUGAGUUAUUUCAUGUGGCUGCCACUGACCAGAACAUUAUGGGGAACCUUUCUCCUUCCAUUGCUUUCCUAGGCCAUUGGAGCCAUUCAGAUACAUCUGAUGCCAUUACUCUCUGGUCACCCUGAACUGUCCCUUUAAACUCAGCACCAUCCCCUUCGAUUCCCCUUUUCUGGACUCAGUUUGAUUCUAAACUCUGUUUUCACUACUUUCAAAAAGUCAGACAUAAUCUGCAACAGAGCUUUGCCACCCCGAGACAUUCAGGAGACUGUGCUACAGGCCCUGGAGGGAGCUCCCAGCAGCAGCAACCGCCUGAUUGGAUCAAGGGAAGGCCCCUGAGGUGCCUCUCUGAGGGCUGGGACUCACCAGGAUGGAUGCGUUCUGGACUGUGUGUUUCAGAAUCAGUAUUUGUUAUCUUUCUAGUCAUGCCUUGUAGGGUUCUGAGAUGCAGGGUGGAUGGCAGGCCUGGGUAGGAUCCUGAGGACCCGAGGGCCUCUUGCCUUCAUGGGGCUGGUGUGUGCUCAGGGGAAGCCCAUCCCCGUCUGGGGGAGCCCUGGCCUUUUGGUGGGUGGCACGCUCCCCUUUACUUGAAGCUCCCAGGUGCCAAACCAUUUAGUGCCUUGGCUGUGUAUCCCACUGCCUUGGAAGAUGGAUUCUUCUCAUCUCUGAGCCUUGACUCACUUAGCCGCUUCUUCAUCUACCUGUGGUGUUGGGACCAAGCCUCCAGUGGCUCUAAGUAGCCCAGGCCUAGCUUGGGAGCAGCUCUAGGGCUGUCCUGCCUCCUGGUAAGACCAUCACCAGUUCUUGGUGGCUUGGCUGGGGGAAUAGCUGUGCUCACUGGGCAGCGCUGGUGAAUCCUCUGGUUCUGUGACACACUCUGAGGCAAAGAAGGGAUGGGAAGCUCUGCCCCUCUCUGGCGACCCCAGCAUUUAGCCAACUGAGUAUCUGCACUUGAGCUUUCUAAAUGACAAAUCCUGGACUUGGUAUUUUAAGAGCUCUCUGUUUCCACUGGAGAGUCAGGGGGAGACUCAUUAGACUGCAAAUCAUGACACAAGUCAUCUGGGUACUCUGCUGUCCAGGGAGGAGACGCCGAGGAGCAGAGUGGGGUAAUGUCGGUCUUGUGUGCAUGGGCAUCCCUUAGCUUCAGAGCCACCAACGGUGCUUGCUUCUCCCUUCCUGCCAGAUAUUGUCUGUGGACCAAGUGUUUUGGACGCACUCAUCCAAGCCUCGUGUCAUGGGAAGGCCUGGCCUCACACUCUUUCAUGCUAAUGGGGCUUCUGACCCAGGUUUCUUUUUCUUGAGCAGCCUGAGACCAGUAGGGGCAGAGAGACGGGAGUCUGUAUAAGGAAGAUGCAAGUGUUGCGACCCCAGAUGUCCUUUGAUUUGGAAUGGAUAGGAUAAGCUCUCGAAGAGGUGGUGGUUAGACAACAGGAUCUCUGAAGAGCCAUCUGGGGGAGGGUGAGAGGGAAAGGUCUCCAGGUCACCCUUCAGACCAAUCAUCCCUGCACCAUCCCCCUCUGGCCUUGGCUGCUCAGAGGUCGUGUGGACGCUGGCUUCCUGCAGAUGCUGGGCUUAGGAUUGAGCGCUUGUCUCCACACCCAGGGUGGGUUGCCAGUCUCUCAUUAGGCCACUAGGUCAGGCUGAAGGCUUGCACGCUCCUCAGAGUCGUUGGGAAGCAGGAGGGACUGGAGCCCAGCUGCUUUCUGCAUCACCUCCUUUGCUGUCCUUGUGCGCCUUUCCUUGACUUAGCAGCCUAGACCUGUGCUAGCACCCAAGGCCAUUGCAGGAUGGAUUUUCCUCUGCCCUGGAGUCUCCCCGCUGCCUGUCAGCGAUGCCACAGCUCUGCUGGGAAGGGCCGACUGGACUUCUCUACCAUUCCUGCUCUUCACCCUGUGCUCAGGGUGGAGUAGGGGAGACAGUCUUGGUAUCAGAUGAACCAAGGAGAGAGGUUGGGAAGAUCACCGUGGAGCCUAGAGCUCAGAGUCCCCUUGAUCUUUUGUCUCUGGGCCUUCUACUACCCUCCUCGGGCCAGGUGGCUGGUGUUACAGAUCAGCUUCUUUGCUGCUCUUAGAGGCAGGAGUGCCUAGCCGGUCCUGCCUCAGGAAGAGGGUGAGUAGCUGAAUCAAGACUUAGGCUUGUAUUUCUUCUUUCAGAUGCUUGCUCUUCCCCUUUUCUUUCUGCUGCCCUGCCUUUAUUGUUAGCAGUUACGAAAUGACCACAUAUCAUGUACUUUGCUGUAAAUAAAGACUGAACAAAAUGA